AUGGUAUCCCGAUUGUUGUCGGUCGUGGAAUCUCAUUUCAAUACUUCUCCAGGGGAGCGACACCGCCUUUUUCGCCGUAAAGGUGGCGGUGGACGCGGAGGAGGUGGAGGAGGAGGCAAAGGAGGCAAGGGAAGUUCAAAGGGUGGCUCGAAGGGUGGAUCAUCAGCAGCGAAAAGCCAUGGAGCUUCUGAUAAAUUUACGAAAUCACGCGGAGCAAAGUCGGUCACUAUUCCUGCGACGAGCUCCUCGGCUUAUGCAUAUUCGGAUGGAGGAGGGAAGCGCAUUGUACUUGGAUCGAACUCUCCGUUUCAUGGUCGACAAGCUGGAGGGGGUGCUCGAACUACAAUCUAUGGCACCUCUCGUUUUGGGAGUGGAUAUCCAUACGGAGGCUAUGGGUACUACGUCGAAUGGAGACCACUGCCAUAUUACUUUUAUCCAGUUCCUGUCGCACCUCAUUACUAUGGAGGUGAUGAGUAUCUCAAUGUAACAGACACACAGAGGCCUGGAGGUAAUUUAGCCACCGCCGUCAUUCAAUUGUCAUCCAACACGACCAGCGUUACGUAUCGUCUGGCCGGUGACAACUCAUCAGUAGUCGCGGUGUUCGACGCGCUUGUUGCAAACUGCUCGGUCGUAAACUCUACUUCUGCUAUUACUCGAUUCGAGCCAUCAAAUACGACUUGGCCAGUGCCAGAACAGGUUAUCCAGUACUAUCGUGCAUCCUCAUUCCUUCUGUCACUGGAUGGGUACAACAACACUGCUUCCCUGCCCUCAAAUGCUCCCUCAUCGAACACAUCAGCUCCUGCACAGAUAGCAGAUACACCGCUUCCCUCAGGACUAAACCAGACGUUUUUACAAUGCGUGAACAGCACAAUUGCCGCUAGUGUCCCGCUUGUUGACAUCAGCAAAAAGAAACUCUCGACUGCUGCAAUCACAGGAAUCGUCCUUGGCAGUGUUCUCGGCUUCAUUGUACUAUUGUGCUUCGGCUCAUGGUGUAUUGGAAAACGCAGGUCAAGGAAGGAGGAGAAAAGGAAGAGGAAAGAAGAAAAGAAGAUGGAGAAGGCAAUGGCAAUGACAUUGGAAAGAAGUGAAUAUGAAACGCUGGAAGCACCUGCGAUAUCCGUCGAGAAAGAUGGCAGUCAUCCAAGCCCAGCUUUCCAGUCAGAGACUGGCAAGGACCCGUCAUGGCUUUCGAGGCUACCCUUCAUUGGUGAUCGGAAUGGAUAUCGUUCAGUACACCACCGAUCGACGUCAAGCGUCGAGCUCCCACUCACAACCCAGCAUGACGUGGAAAAAGGUAGUGAACAUGCACGUAGUCGAUCUCCAUCUCCUGCGCAUUCACGCUCCCCAUCACCAUCUCUGUAUGAUACGGCACUUCCAUUGAGACAUGCUGAAGAUGAGAGACGUCCAUUUUAA